GCCGGGCCGGGACGCGGCCGGAGCCCCAGCCCCAGCCCCAGCGCGGGGAGCCAGAGCUAAUGGCGUCGCCCGAGCCCGGGGGCCCCGGGGCCGCCGCCCUGGACGAGCUGUCCCGGAACUUCACGUACGGGGCGCCGGGCGCUGGCAACGGCUCUCUGUCGGGCGCAUGGUACCGCCGGAACCAGAUUCACCUUUUUGGAGUUUUGCUGGCCAUUUUGGGAAACUUGGUAAUCAGCAUUUCCCUAAAUAUUCAGAAAUAUUCUCAUCUUCGAUUGGCACACCAAGAACACCCACGGCCGUGCUUCAAGAGCGUGCUGUGGUGGGGUGGGGUCGUACUGAUGGCCGUGGGAGAGAUAGGAAACUUUGCAUCCUAUGGAUUUGCCCCCAUCACUCUGAUUGCUCCGUUAGGCUGUAUGUCUGUUACAGGUAGUGCCAUUAUUUCUGUUAUGUUCCUGAAAGAAAAUUUGAGAGCCUCAGAUUUACUAGGCAUGACGUUGGCAUUUGCAGGAACAUAUUUAUUGGUGAACUUUGCUCCAAAUAUAACUCAGACUAUCUCCGCAAGAACAGUGCAGUAUUACUUUGUUCGCUGGCAGUUCCUCAUCUAUGUGAUUUUAGAAAUAUUAAUUUUCUGCAUCCUCCUGUAUUUCCAUAAAAGAAAAGGAAUGAAGCACAUUGUGAUUCUGCUAACCCUGGUGGCACUUCUAGCCUCAUUGACUGUGAUUUCAGUAAAAGCUGUCUCAGGCAUGAUCACUUUUUCUGUGACGGAUAAAACGCAACUAACUUAUCCCAUCUUCUAUAUCAUGUUUAUCAUCAUGAUCGCAUCUUGUGUUUUCCAAGUCAAGCUCCUGAAUCAAGCCACGAAACUCUACAACACCGCGGCGGUGGUGCCGGUGAACCAUGUUUUCUUCACAACCAGUGCCAUCAUCGCAGGUAUCAUAUUUUAUCAGGAAUUCCUUGGUGCAGCUUUUCUCACUGUAUUUAUAUAUCUUUUUGGGUGUUUUCUGUCAUUCCUUGGUGUAUUUUUGGUCACAAGAAAUCGAGAAAAGGAACAUCUGCCACAGUCUUACAUUGAUUUUGGAAAUGUUCCUGGGAAGCAAAUGUUGGACAAAAUACAACCAGAUUCAAAUGGCUUAUCCUAUGGAACUCUGCCUGAUGGAAGUGACUCAGCAAAGAACCCAAGUGGAGAGAAGAAAGAGGUCUGAAGUGCCGAGGGGACGGCUGCUGGCCUGUUACUCAAUACCACCUUUUAAAAAACGGCACAUGUUAAGUCUGUGUCAGCAGCUAUUUCAUGCUGACAUGUGCUAGCAUUGUUGUCAGUCCUUCACCCCCUCCCCAUACCUGUGCACGGUCAGGGCCUUCCUAAGCUUUUGACAGUCUAAUGUUUUCGUGGAAUGUAAUCUCAAGUGUUCCCCACACCUGGGACCUCUCCCUGGUGAUCAUCUAACGGGCUAGAUCUUAAUUGUAGAGCCUGGCUGCCCAAGCAGGAGUGUCACGCAAAAAUGUGCGUUCACGAUGCGGCUUCAGAACACAUGGGCUGCUUUUCCCACACGGCUUGUGAUGUCGGAUGCUUCACUUUAAGGAGACACGUUAGCCCUACGACCUCACUCCUAAGCUAGAGGUUCAAGAGCAUUCAUCCUUCCUAAGACAUCUUUUAUGAACCUCCCCAUAAAGCUUUCACCUUUCUGUUCCCA